GCUUUGCAUGCCUUUGUUCCCUCUCCGCUUCCUCCCUUUCUUCAGCCUCUGCCUCCUCCCUUACCUUAAACUAGGGGAGCGGAGUAUGGGGGCUGGGCUACAGCUUAGUCGAUCUAUCCCCGCUGUGAUUUGUAGCAUAGUCCUUCCACAGCCCCCACCCCUCCAUCCGUGCAUGUCACUGCUUUUGGCCCUCUAGCGCCCCCGCUGCCACGUCUACUGGGCUCCGGAAGGGUUUGACAAGGACAGGCUGGGCCAGUGGUCCUAUGCGGGCAAGAUCGAAUCCGGGAAAACUGCAGCAUCUGUAUCCGCAGUUGUGGACGUGCAGCAUAUCUGAUAUCCCAUAUUGAGACACCACUGACCGACUGUAUUCAAGCACUUCACUGUCUUCCUGAUUACUGGAAGAGUCAGACAAUUUCAAUAGCAACACCCUCAUCCCUCCCAGCUGAAAAUACAUUGCUUGGGGUACGCAGCGUUCCACUUUGACGCAUAUGACCGUGGACUUUAAAGUGCGCCCAGUGCCACGUACAGUCGUCCACUGGGAGACAUAAUCCCAGGGCCGCAGAUGCUGAGUGCAGGAAGGAUGGAGGAGUUCCAGUGUGGAGAGGAAGAUGAACCGUGGUACGAUCAGCAGGAUCUGGAACAAGACCUGCACCUUGCAGCAGAGCUGGGAAAGACGUUGCUGGAACGCAACAAAGAGCUGGAAGAUUCUCUACAACAGAUGUACGCAACAAACCAAGAACAAGUUCAGGAAAUUGAGUAUCUCUCAAAGCAGUUGGAUAUGUUACGACAGAUGAAUGAACAGCAUGCUAAGGUUUAUGAGCAACUGGAUUUGACAGCACGAGACCUCGAGCUGACCAAUCAGAAACUGGUACAAGAAAGCAAGGGUUCCCAUCAGAAAAUUGAACGGUUAUCAGAAACCAUUGAAACCUUGCAGACUCAUAUAGAACAGCUACAGAAUCAGGUGGAAGAAAUGCGAAACCUUGAACAGCUACGAGUGCGGCGUCAAAAGAGAGAGAGAAGGAGAACUAUUCACACAUUUCCUUGUUUGAAGGAGCUGUGUUUGAGUCCCAGAUAUGAGGAUAACUUUCUGCUUAUGGGAUCCAUGACAGAGUUAGACUCUAAACCUCUGGUGAGAGAAAAUGAACGCUUGCUGGAGAUGGUGACUUCACUGCGUGCGCAGGUGAACCAGGAGCGACAGAGAAAAGAACAGGCUGAACAGGCGUAUUCCACUGUGCUACAGGAAUACUCUGAGCUGGAACAGCGGAUGUGUGAGAUGGAAGGCUGCAGGGCACGUGUCAAGGAACUUGAGAUGGAACUGGUUGAGCUCCAACAGAUGAAGCAGGUGAAAAAAUACUUGCUGAGUAGAGAAGAUAACCUUUCCGAAACCUUGCUUGAGCCGCUGAAUAAUACUCCUGAGUCUGAUUAUGUAGACAUUCUCGAUGGAGACGGGAGCAAGUCUCAAAGCUUCUCAUUAGUAGCUGGUCAGGGGAAUGCAGUCCGCAAAAGCUGCAGUGAUACAGCUCUCAAUAUUAUCGUAACAAAAGAUGCUGUGACACGACAUGAGGGCAACUACACACUGCAUGCCAACAAUGUACGCAAGCGAGGUAUGUCUAUUUUGAGAGAAGUUGAUGAACAGUACCAUGCUCUUCUGGAGAAGUAUGAGGAGCUUCUGAGUAAAUGUCGACGACAUGAUGAGGGGCUGCGACAUACAGGUGUGCAAACCUCCCGUCCCAUCUCUCGGGACAGCUCUUUUAGAGACUUCCUGUGUGAGGCCCAUGAGCCAGAAGAUAGGAUUACCACAGAGAAGAAUAUCAGUAAGCAUGUUGACGCAGUGGACAAGAGGCUCGAACAGAGUCAACCUGAGUACAAAGCGCUGUUUAAGGAGAUCUUCUCUCGAAUUCAAAAGACGAAAGCAGAUAUUAAUUCAAGCAAAGUUAAAACAAGUAAAAACAAGGUUUCCAAGUAAACCCUUGCCAUAUAGCAUGUAUUUUUUCAUGUAUUUUAUCUCCCUUAAUUAGAAGACAAAAACAGAUAUUAAUUCGUGAGUUAAAAACAAGGUUUCCAAGUAAACCCUGCCAUAUAGCUUGUAUUUAUUCUAGUAUUUAUUUAUUAAAGAAAACACUUACAUCUCUUAUUUGCCUACUUGUCCUAGAAUACUCUUACUAGUGUGACAACCAGAACAUUGCAGUUUUACCUUUAUAGUUUGAAUGUUGAUACUGCAAAGAUUUUUACUUCCCUUAAGAGUACAGUAAGCGAUAGGCUGUAAAAUGCUUUAACUUUUUUUGAACCAGAGAAAGUUUUUAGGAUAUUCAGCAAACUUAAUACUAUAUAUUUUUAUAUGUGUGCAUGUCUCACAGGGGUGGAUUUUUAAUGAUUUUAUUUCUUGCAUUAUAUUAAAAUGCACUUAACUAGUAAACUAAUGACAGUUUAUUAAUGGAAAAUAAUGCCAGUAUUAUAUGUGAGUCAAUGCUGCCAAAUUUUUAAAAUGGUAAAUUCUAAUCAAGUUAGGAAGAGGAUAACAACACUUUGCAUAGCUGAGCAAGGUAUGGCCAGCAGAAGCUUAAAUGGAAGCUGUUACUUUUACUUUUGUAGGUAUAUGUAAUUAAGGAAUAUACACUCAUUUUUAGGUAAGCUUCCUUAAAGAAUACUUGCAUUUUACAAAUAGAGUUAUUAAAGGAUGCUUCGCUUACACAAGUAGAGUUAUGUAAAUUUAACACACAUACACUUUAAAUUAUGGCUGAAAGUUUGCAGUGCUAGAAUUUUGGAUUCACUACAUCAGAAUAUGUUAGAACUCUGUAUAUGCUGUACCAGCUUUUGCUCAUAUUGUUUGGUUCCACUUUGGGCAUCUCAGGUUUCACUGAUGGAAUUUGGUUGAAGCUUGAUCUGCUGAUCAUGGAAAUGCAGACAACUGGACUUUCCCCUGACCCAUGUUGAACCUUAUUUUGGUGGUUCAGUGAGAUGUGAGUCACUGAAACAGAUUGAUUUUGUGAGUCAACAGAUUUUUUUUUGUUCAACUAUUCAUACAUAUGUGUAAAGACCACGGACCAGUCUGAGUUAUCUGCUACUGUGUUGCUAAUCUGUAUGGUUUUAAGCUGGAGUCAGUAGGACUUGAACAUUAUUUAGGCUGUGUUUGGUUCUAUUUUUGUUGGCUAGAAAGGCAUUGGAUUAAAGAUCAUACUCUUAGAUCCUUUAUGCUGAGUAUGUUUUGACGUAUAACAAUGAAGUUCUUCAACUUAAACAUU